GGGGAGAGCAGAUAUAGUGAAUGCGGGGUCCGGGAACAGCGGAUAUAGUGAAUGCGGGGUCUGGGGAGAGCGGAUAUAGUGAAUGCGGGGUCUGGGGAGAGCGGAAUAGUGAAUGCGGGGUCUGCGGAGAGCGGAUAUAGUGAAUGGUCCGGGGGGAGCGGAUAUAGUGAAUGCGGGGUCCGGGGAGAGCGGAUAUAGUGAAUGCGGGGUCCGGGGAGAGCGAAUAUAGUGAAUGCGGGGUCCGGGGAGAGCGGAUAUAGUGAAUGCGGGGUCCGGGGAGAGCGGAUAUAGUGAAUGCGGGGUCCGGGGAGAGCGGAUA